UUGAAGCGAACGUUAAACAACUAACUGUUAGCAGCCCAUGGCUUGAUUGCUUACUAUGGCGAUUUCGUAUUUUGGACAUGUUGUAGUUAAACCAAACACAAGAUGAGGAGUUGUAGUGUAAUAUCAUACAUGUUAUAUUUGUUUUUUGGCACUGUCCUUCUGAAGACAACCAGCGCGUCCCGGACUUACAACAUAAGUGCGCUUUUUGACCCCAGGGCUGAGGAACUUCGCAAUGAGUUCGAAAUGGAGAUCAAACGUAUACAGGUGGAUGAUCGACCGGGCACAUACCUAGAUCCGAAAUUUAGAGAACUUGAUAUCACCGACAGCUUUGAAGUCAGUAAUGCAAUAUGUGAGCAGCUUGAAAAUGGAGUUCUUGCAUUUGUUGGGAUGUCAAAAGUUUGUGCCUUGUCAACGAUUCAAUCCUACAGCGACACGUUCAAAGCGCCGUUUAUAACACUGAGCAUGCCCCAAAAUUCCACUUCCGCCGACCCUUAUCAACUGUAUAUGAGACCUCAUUAUAUCGACGGCCUCGUAGACGUGAUUGUAAAUUAUGGAUGGAAAGAAUUAUUUUAUAUAUACGAUACGGAUGAAGGAUUAAUACGACUGCAGCAGCUCUUCCAGGCUUUCAACGUCCGAGAAUACGAGUUAAUCGACAUAAACGUUAAAAGAGUACGAGACGCCCAUGAAUCGUACAUGUUGCUGAGGGAUAUAUAUGGGACUGUCAAGGAUACUAACCUCCGGAUCUUACUGGACAUCACAACAGAUGAGGCCAGGACACUCAUAAUGAAUGUCAGAAAUGACCGUGAUAUGAUCAACAACAGAUUCCAUUUUCUACUUGCUGAUCUGGAUAUUAAUGAUAUGGGAGAUGAGCCACUAAGGAGUGGAAUAAAUGUGACGGGAUUCCAAUUGAAUGCCACCGAGGACGGUCCAGCUAAGAGCAAGGACAGAGACAUAUACGCGAAUAUCCUCAACAAAAAGAUUACGCUUGAGAAGGCAUUGGUACUGGACGCCGUCCGACUGAUACACAAAGCAUCGAAAAAAUUAAAUCCCGAUCUUUAUGAUCAGGGACUUACCGGAAUGAAAUGUAGAGUUGGGGACGCAAAUGUUCGUCGAGUUCCAGGCAAAACCUUCAUGAGAGCUCUAAGAAAUACAACAUACAAUGGUUUUACGGGAACAGUACAGUUUGAUGACAGAGGGUUUCGGAAAAAGUUCAAGCUUCCCCUCAUUCAGACGACAAUGAAUAUGGAGAGAGCUAAGGUUGGGGAAUAUACCCGAGAAGGAGGCCUAACACAACACGAUCCAAAGGUGGUCCCCCACAUCAACAUCAAAAAUGCUCCUCAAAACGAGACCAAAAUCGUCACUACAGUCCUGGAUCCACCUUAUGUGAUGAUAAAAAAUGACGCACUGAAAGACCCUGAAGCCCAUAUGUCUCGUGAGGUACGUUGUGGAAAGCACAAGUUUGAAGGAUUCUGUAUAGAUUUGGCGGCAAAAAUAGCAGAAUACGUCAACUUCACGUACGACAUAUGUUUGGUGAACGACUUACAUUAUGGAACCAUGCUAGAGAAUGGAACGUGGAAUGGAAUGAUAGGAGAGCUCACCCGACGGGAAGCAGAUUUAGCUAUCGCGCCAAUAACCAUUUCCUCCGCCAGAGAAAGAGUUGUAGACUUUACGAAGCCUUUCAUGAGUCUUGGAAUCAGCAUUAUGAUCAAGAAGCCAAGUAAUGCCAAAGCACACGUAUUCUCGUUUAUGGACCCGUUAUCUUACGAAAUUUGGAUGUGUAUUUUAUUCGCAUAUGUUGGUGUGAGUGUCGUUCUGUUUCUCGUGAGUCGCUUCAGUCCAACCGAAUGGCAUGUUGAGGAUGACUCAAGUAUAACAAACGAUUUUACUAUAUCAAAUAGUCUGUGGUAUUCUUUAGGAGCGUUUAUGCAGCAAGGAUGUGAUAUAUCCCCAAAAGCAAUAUCAGGAAGGGUAGUUGGGAGUGUAUGGUGGUUCUUCACCCUUAUCAUUAUAUCAUCCUACACUGCCAACCUAGCGGCCUUCCUCACGGUCGAGAGGAUGAAUACCCCCAUAGAAUCUGCUGAGGAUUUAGCCAAGCAGACUAAUAUACAAUAUGGAGUGCUCAAUGCUGGUACAACUAAAGACUUCUUCAAGUAUUCCAAAGUCGCUAUAUACGAGAGGAUGUGGGCAUAUAUGACAUCGGCAAACCCAAGUGUGUUCGUAAACAAUAAUACUGCAGGCAUUGGCAGGGUGCGUAGUUCAAAUGGGAAAUAUGCCUAUUUAGUAGAAUCAACUAUGAACGAAUACACCAAUAUGAGGAAACCAUGCGACACUAUGAAAGUAGGCACCAAUUUAGAUUCCAAGGGUUACGGUAUUGCAACACCAGUAGGAUCUCCACUUAGAGAUAGACUUACGUUGGCCGUACUACAUUUCCGUGAGUCUGGGGAGCUCCAACAGUUGAAGAAGAAGUGGUGGGAUGACCGGUCCGAAUGUCCAUCCCCGGGCACAGCUUCUGAUGGCGGUCAAACAGCUCUUACGCUUAACAAUGUUGCUGGAAUAUUCUACAUUCUUAUAUCAGGACUGACACUAGCUAUUCUUAUAGCUGGUUGUGAAUUUAUUUACAAAUCUGUCGUUGACUCUAAGAAAUCAAAGACAUCUUUUGGGUCAGUUUUACGAUGCAAGGCUCGUCUUUCGUUCCGAGGUUCUUUUGAUAAAGAGGCUUCGGAUGCUGGUGUUCCCAUCAGGAAAACCAUGUCUACGUAUACAUAUACGGGACCAACACAGCUGCCUGGUUUUGACCCUUACCCGGAUACAAACAACACACACACCCAAGUGUGACGUCACGAUAUAAAUCUUUGACGUCAUCAGAUAUAUCUUGACGUCACUUUUUCGGUUCAAUAAUGUCGCACCGAAUCGAUUUCAUUACACGUUUGAAAGACAUAUAAUGAAAGCAAAAGAUAACUAAGACGGAUGAGAACGUAUUCACUCAAACAUCUCAUUCUACGCUGUGUGUGUCUAAACCCUCGCUCAUUCCAUGAAUAUGAAAAGAGGAAAAUAUUAUUAUGUAAUUUACCUAUAUCAUAUAUGGGGAAAACCCCUCAUAUGUGUUAUAUGUGUGUAUGUAUGUCAUAUUCAACAAUGCACAGUCGGCCACUUUUCUCAGGACUUGGAACCAUGGAGUGGGUAUCUGUUCUGGAAAAUGGUGAUUCCGAAAAUGUUCGUACAAAAACAACGGAAUGUUAUUACAUGAAGUGAAACGUGGACUAAACGAUAAGCUUUACUGCCAGCUGUAGACGGUGAAUCGGCAAUACUUUGCAUCAUUGUGGCCAUAAAGCGAAGGAAUGAAUGAAGUCUCUAUUACGAAUGAGGCUACCUUUCUGUGAAAAAUAUCAUUUCAAAUUGUUUGAUUUAACCAUACACGUUAUCACUGUUUGGUUUAAUUAGCUGUUGUAAACAUUAUACAACUAAGACUCGUAUUUCGUGGUAUGUGGGGGUUGUGAAUUAGUAUCCACAUAUACUGUAUACAAGAAUGGUAUGGACUAUGUCAGUUUCAUUCUAUUAUCAUCGAUCAUAUCAGUCACAAAUAUCAUGUUUGAUUAGUUUAAUUGCACAUUAAGGAAUUAAAUAGCAUAUCAAAAGUCCAGAAAAGAAUCCCAAAGUGUCAUCACAAUAUAAAUCUAAAUCGACAAAACUAGUGAACAAGUACAAGGAGCAUACGACCAGAUGUUUCGAAAGGGUACGCGUUUUCUGCUUCAGCGACGACACUUGUCAUGUAAAUUAGGUAAAAGCCAAGUAAUGUUACAUCUUCACACUUAACUCUGGUACAUGUAGUGACCACUAACCAGAAGGCACACUAAGGAUCCAAAUGUCGAACACAAAAAUAACUUUAAAAGGAGGAUAUUAAAGUUGAUUAACUCAAAUAUAAUUUACCGCUGUUUUUGUUUUGCAGAGCAAAAUACAAAAAUAGUUGAA